CAGCCUCGAGUGCCCAGAAAAUUGCAUUUUCAGGAAGUCACUUUCGGUUUUCAGUUUCGGUUUCCCAAAGACCUGAGCAGGAAGGAGCCGGAAGGAACAGCCUUGUGGGCGGCCGAACGCCUGCGGAGGGGGUAGCAGGAGCUCCCCAGCCCUUCAGCCUCUGGGGAAAGCCUAGAGAAGCCCAGAGAAUCCAGCCGGGCCGGCCGCCUGGGCUGGUGGAGAUGGCGUUCUUUGAGGUCCCGUCUUACACCCCUGCAGACACGCUGUCUGUCUUCGUGGAGCAGAACCUUCAGCCCGAUCCGGACUGGAAGGAGGAGCUGAAGGAUGCCUGGCAGAGAAUAGAGCGUUUCUUUCGGGAACGCUGCUUCCGUGAUGAGCUGGUUCUAGACCAGGAAGUCAGGGUGCUGAAGGUGGUGAAGGGCGGCUCCUCUGGGAAGGGGACAACGCUGAACUACAGCUCUGAUGUGGACUUGGUCUUGUUCUUGAGCUGCUUCUCCAGCUUCCAAGACCAGGCAGACCACCGCGAAUUUGUCAUCAACUUCAUUAAGAAGAGACUGACCAAGUACAGCAGGAGCCUAGCCUACAGCAUCACCAUGGUCCCACGGAAAGAGACCACCAGGGUCCCCCGCUCGCUGUCCUUCCAGGUCCAGCUCAGGAAGAACAGUAAAGCCAUUGGAGUGGAUGUGCUUCCAGCCUAUGAUGCUCUGAAAAAUUUUUGCCGAGACUCUAAACCAUCACCGGAAAUCUAUGAAGACUUAAUAACCAGUGGUGCCCCCCCUGGGGAAUUCUCGCCCAGCUUCACAGAGUUGCAGCGGCACUUUGUGAAAAGUCGCCCUGUUAAGCUAAAGAACCUCUUGCGGAUGGUGAAGUACUGGCACCAGCAGAAAUUGAAACCUAAAUAUCGAAAUGCAGCAUUGCCCCCAAAAUAUGCACUGGAGCUAUUGACCAUCUAUGCCUGGGAAAUAGGCACAAACCAAAGCGAUAACUUCAGCCUGGAUGAAGGGUAUAGAGCUGUGAUGGAACUCCUCAUCAAUUAUCAAAACAUCUGCAUAUAUUGGACCAAGUACUAUGAUUUCCAAAAUGAGACUGUCAGAAUGUAUGUCAAACAACGUUUGAAGGAACGCAGGCCAGUUAUCCUGGACCCAGCUGAUCCUACCAACAACCUGGGAAGCAAAAAGAGAUGGGACCUGGUGGCCAGGGAGGCUGUUCGUGAACUGGAACAGGCCUGCUUCAGGACUGAAGACCCCAACCAGGCCUGGUACAUACAGCCAGCAAGGGAUGUCCAGGUGACGGUGAAAAAGGCAGGAGAGGAGGCCUGGACAUUCUCAGUGAACCCCUACAGUCCCAUCUGGAAGAUGAAAAUAGAGAUCAGGAGGAUAUGGGGCUUCGACGGGCAGCAGCGUCUCUCCUUCCAGGAGCCAGGUGGGGAGAGACAAAUGCUCAGCAGCCGGAAGACACUAGCAGAUUAUGGGAUCUUCUCUAAAGUGAACAUCCGGGUACUGGAGACCUUCCCUCCUGAGAUUCAGGUCUUCGUGAAGGACUCUAAAGGCCACAGCAAACCUUACGCCAUCCACCCUGAGGACUCCAUCCGUGACUUGAAAGAGAAGAUUGAGGAAACUGGGGGACUUUCUGUGGUGGAUCAGAUACUAAAAUUCCAGAGUCGGACUCUGCGGAAUCACCGCAGCCUCUCAGACCUGCAGAUUAAAGACUGUGACACCAUCCUACUCACGAGGAGAACCUGAGUGAGGACAGGAUUAAGGUAUAGGCAGGGAGAGAUGGGGGUCCCUGGCUAGGCUGAGACUUGCAGAAGCACCAAGACAGAGUGAACAAGAGAUAAGGGAACAGCCCCCUGACCUCAGAUGGCCGAUGGUCGGCAGUAUUUUUCUUUGGUGGCUACAAUGUAUCAUAGAAAAUGAACAAACCUCAAAGAAGUAUGUCAUUAAAGGUGUUAUCAAUAGCCCAUGCUCAAGCCAAGAUGGCACCAGAAAUUCAAGGCUAUAAGUCACCCAGUCACUUCUCAAUAAAAGGACAGACUACAAAUCAGAGAAAGACAACUAUCAUAUGAUCUCCCUGAUAUGAGGAAGUGGAGAUGCAACAUUGGGGGCUUGGGGGUAGGAAAAGAAUAAAUGAAACAAGGUGGGAUCCAGAGGGAGACAAACCAUAAGAGACUCUUAAUCUCACAAGACAAACUGAGGGUGGGCGAGGGGAGGGAGGGGGAGGGAAGGGGGUGGGGCUAUGGACACUGGGGAGGGUAUGUGCUAUGGUGAGUGCUGUGAAGUGUGUAAACCUGGUGAUUCACAGACCUGUACCCGUGGGGCUAAUAAUACAUUAUAUGUUUAUUUAAAAUUUUUAAAAAGUAUAUAUUAAAAAGAAAAAAAGACAGACUACAAGCCCUCAGUGGCAACCACGUUGGGAGCCCUCACUCCUGAGAGCUUUUUCUGUACCCUUCCUAAUAAAACUCUAUUGCUUUACUCAC